AUGACGGCUUCUAUAUCAUUUGGAGACUCCAACUCAGGUCUUCAGGUUGGGGUCAACAAUGGUUCCAUCAACGCUCAAUUUCACCUCCCUCCCGAACGUCCUGAAACUCCUCCAGAACCUGUGUUUCAUGUUCCCUACUCCCGAGAUCUGGAUUUUAUAGACCGCGGGUUGCUAGAUCAAAUUCACCAGAAACGCUCGACAAAAGGGACGCCAAGAAUAGCCCUAGUAGGCAUAGGUGGCGUGGGGAGGAAGUCCCAACUAGCUCUCGAAUAUUGCUACCAAAUUCGUGAGAUCUGCCAGGAAACGUGGGUAUUUUGGGUGCACGCAAGCAACACAGCUCGUUUAGGCCAAAGCUACCAAGAUAUUGCCGACAGAGCAAAGAUUCCUGGGCGUCAUGACCCCAGGGCAAAUAUACCGAAGCUCGUCAUGGAUUGGCUGCAAGAAGGUAAUAAGAAAUGGGUUCUCGUCCUCGACAAUGUCGAUGAUAAACAAGUGCUCUAUGAGCCACUUCAAGGACAGCCCGAAGAUCAGCUUCGACCAAACAAUCAACGAUCCAUAAUUCAACCUUUGUUAGCAGUUCUGCGCGACUCCCCGAAUGGCCUUACUGUCAUCACGACCCGUUCCAAAAGUGUUGCUUUGAAAUUGGUCGAUAACCGGGAUAUUCUCCUAGUUGAACCGAUGACAGAGCCCCAGGCAGUCGCAUUAAUCAGAAAGAAACUUCAACCCAAUCACGAGGACGCAGAGAAAUCGCGUGAAGAUGUCAUUAAUCUUGCCGAGGCUCUGGAAUAUAUGCCGCUUGCAAUCGUACAAGCAACGGCGUAUAUCAACCGCAGGGCACCUCGCUGCUCCGUGCCACAAUACCUUGAGAAGUUCCAGAAAAGCGAUCGCCAGAAGCUAAAAUUUCUUGAUUAUGAAGCCGACAUGGGGGAUUCGCAUAGAGAUUGGGAAGCAAAGAACUCCAUUACGGUCACCUGGCAGCUCUCCUUCGAUCACAUACGGCAAAUCAGACCAUCUGCAGCUGAUCUACUCGCCCUCAUGAGUUUUUUCGAUCGCCAGGGCAUUCCUGAACGACUACUCUGGAGGCGGCCCGCAAACGAUCAGAUUUCCCGAGCCAACUCGGACGAUGAGAAUAGUAUCAGUGACAGCGACUCCGAGGGGGCUGACGAUUUUGAAGACGAUAUUACAACGCUCAGAGACUAUGCAUUCGUCUCGAUUGGCCAAUCCUCAACAUUCCAAAUGCAUGCGCUUGUGCAGCUUGCCAUGCGAGGGUGGCUGCAAAUUCAAGGGCGGGCAGAAGAGUGGAGGCGACGAUUCAUCAGCAGCCUUUAUCUGGAAUUUCCUAAUGGAGCAUUUGAGACUUGGGCCAUUUGCCAGACGUUAUUUCCCCAUGUCAAAGCCGCAUUAUCCCAGCGACCAGGGCGUGAUGUCUCCGGUCUGCAGCUCUCCUUAUUGGAAUGGGCAGCGCUUUUCUAUAAGGCCUCGCAUUAUGCAUUUGGAAGGGGUGAUUUGGAGAGCGGAACUAGCUUUGCUGCUGCUUCAUUAGAGACGAGGAAAGACAUUCUUGGCUGGAAUCACCGAAGCACCCUUGCGAGCGCUUCAAUCAUGCUAAACGCACACAUCUUCCAAUGCCAAUGGCGCGAGGCAGAAAUGAUCGGGAUACAGAUCUUUGAGAAUCUCAGAGAGCUACUUGGCCUGGAACAUCCCGAUACCCUUGCUAGCAUGCAUGACCUCGUUUCAAUACAUACGGGGCAAGAGCAGUGGCAAGAAGCCGAGGAUUUAGUAACUCAACUGUUAGGGAUUCGCGAAAGAGUACUUGGUAUGGAACACGACGAAACUCUCCGCACCCGCGGCCUCGCUUCAAUUGUCUAUCAAGGUCUGGGCCGGUAUAGAGAAGCAGAAGACCAAGAAGCUCGGGUAGCCCAGGCUUUCACGAGGAAGUUUGGGCCGGCUGAUCCUCGAGCCCUUUGGAGCAUGGGUAGACUUGCAUCCAUAUACCGGGAUCAACACCGAAUUGAAGAGGCAAAGGUUAUUAAUUUGCAGGUGCUAGAGCUUCAAAAGAAAGUACUUGGGCCCGAGCAUCCACAGACACAACAAACCAUGAUGGAGCUCGCCCUCAACUUGAAAAUAGAAGGCCAGCAUGUCGAGGCCCUCGAGUUGGGAAAAAAGUUACUGGAUAUACGUUCUCGAACCUUCGGUCCUGACCAUAUACUGACUGCAGUGGCCUCGGACCACGUGCGAUUGUGGGAAGCCGAUGUUAUGGUUUCUGGCGAUCAAUAA